UUGCAUAGUCAUCCAGCCUGUCAUGAAUUUCGCAAGCCCAGCGUAUAUCAAUGAAGUAAUUGAAUUAAUUGUCCUUGCUCUUAAAGAGGAUGGAAGCAAAGUAUUUGGUGCUACCCGGGCAACUAAUGUUGCUGACCACCAUGAUUUUUCUGGCACUGCUCAGGCUAAAGACGGUGAAGUUCCAGAAGAGAGUAAGCUGCCUAGGGCUGCUGAUUGGGCGAUGGUGCUGGAGGCGGCGACCCAGAGAAGAACUGAAGUUCUUAUGCCUGAAAAUCUUGAAAACAUGUGGUCCAAAGGAAGAAAUUAUAAAAUAAUGGAAGAUUUGUGGCUUUAA